UCAGUCGUGCAAACAGAAUGGCUCACGUUUGGUUUCUACGCACAGUUCUACUUUUAUUCAUUUUACCUGGAGGGUGGUUUAAACCUGUUAUCACUCCAGAUGCCCCUCAUCUGGUGAUACUCAAAGGUGGACAACUGGAACUCCGUUGUCAUGAUGAUGCAGAGGCAAGCACGGGCAAGGUGCAGUGGCUGCGGGAAAAGGGUCGGCGGAUCGAUGGGGAGCGAGAGGAAGAUGGAGCCAGUGUCAUCCUUCUCGCUUUCACACAGAUGCAGCAUAUGGGCCGUUACACCUGUGCGAACACACAAACGGGAGCGAAGAGCUCCAUCUACAUCUAUGUGAAAGAUUUGGAGAAUGCAUUCGUGCGCUCCAUGGUGAACGGUCUUCUGGUGAGGGAAGGAGAGGACUGCACUCUACCUUGUUUAGUAACAGAUCCAGCUGUCAGCCACCUGUCCUUGCUGACCUGUGCUGGCUCCGCCCUGCCUGGCGGUCUCAACUACACCACGCAUCCUCAGAGAGGGAUCACAAUCAGAAAUGUCUCCAAAGCCUUUGAGGGCUGCUACAUUUGUGCAGGGCAGAUGGAUGGAGUACCAGUGGAAUCAAGCCAGUAUAACUUGGAUGUGCGGCUAGUCCCAGCGACAGUGCCAGCAGUUAGCCUAUCCAGAUCAGAAAAUGUGAUUCUGAUCCAGGAUCAGGAGUUUGAGCUCAGCUGUAGUACCAUCAACAUCAACCAUGAUUUCCACCUCAGCUGGAGCAUCCCUUCUGAAGCGAUUGCACUGGAGACCCAUAACUCUCACAUCCUGCCUGGUUCUCGAGGAUAUCAGCGCUCAGCAACGCUCUGGAUUAAAUCUGUGAAGAUGAGCGACUCAGGAGUCUUUCGCUGCCAAGCGCAGAACGAGAGGGGCGUCUCCAUGGCAACUGUCAAUCUGGAAGUUUAUGAGCGUGGUUUCAUUAACCUCACAAAGGGAGAGGACAGUGUGGUGAGAGAGGGUGAAAGCUUGACUCUGAGUGUGGAGAUGAUGUCAUACCCCAAACCCAGUGAUGUGUACUGGACCUACAACAACCAACAGCUCAAAAACACAUCUGAGCAUGUCAUUACGCUUCAGAACCAGCAGUACAGGUACAUCAGUGAACUAAGGCUGGUUCGAGUUCAUGGGUCAGAGGGUGGGAUCUACACUUUCUCAGCCUAUCACAAAUAUGCAUCUGUCAAUCAGUCAUUCACCGUCCAUGUAAUAUGUAAACCUGUGAUUGUUUCCCAGGAGGGGCCGGUUGAUGGACAGGUGAGGUGUGUUGCUUCAGGAUAUCCUGUCCCCAAAAUAUCUUGGUAUUACUGCGAGCCGCCACAUACACGGUGCUCCCACCUGUUGAACGCGACACAGGCAGAUGAGGAGGUUGCUGUGAUAACAGUGUCAGGGUCAGAGUUCGGACGGAGCGAGGUGGAGAGUCGACUUAAUGUCAGCAAAGGGAAAUAUCACACUCUUGAGUGUGUGGCAACAACGCAGGGCGAGCAGGCCUACACUCUCUUUUCCAUUAGUGAACGAACUGUACCUCAUAAACUCUUUACACCUCUGUUGUCUGGUGUUGUGUCUACUGCUGUUCUGCUUAGCUUCAUUUUGGUGGUUCUGCUCUACAAAUACAUGCAGAAACCCAAAUAUGAGAUCCACUGGAAGGUGAUAGACAGCUUUGAUGGCAACAAUUAUACCUACAUAGACCCUACGCAGCUGCCUUAUGACCCCAAAUGGGAGUUUCCACGAGAAAGACUGCGUUUUGGAAAAAUUCUUGGAUCUGGAGCAUUUGGUAAAGUGGUCGCGGCGACAGCAUAUGGACUCUGCUCAGCAGACACAGUGACCACUGUUGCUGUAAAAAUGCUAAAAUCGAGCGCUCAUUUGACUGAGAAAGAGGCUCUAAUGUCUGAGCUGAAAGUUCUGAGUUACCUUGGCAACCAUAUAAACAUUGUCAACUUGCUUGGAGCCUGUACAGUAGGAGGCCCUACUCUGGUGAUCACAGAAUACUGUUGCUAUGGUGACCUGUUGAACUUCCUUAGAAGAAAGAGGGAUGCAUUUUUCAGUUCCAAAACAGGAGAUGGAUAUUACAAAAAUUUGCUCAGCCAAACACAGCCUUCAAGAGAAGCCACUGAUAAUGGUUACAUGCCCAUGAGGUCGUAUCAGAAGAGAUCAAAUCAGACAGAAUGGUGUGAUGAUAAAGAUGAUCUCUCUUUGGAUACUGAAGAUUUACUCAGUUUCUCAUAUCAAGUGGCUAAAGGCAUGGACUUCCUCACAUCCAAAAAUUGUAUCCACAGAGAUCUGGCCGCCAGGAACGUUUUACUGACUCAGGGUCGGUUAGCAAAGAUAUGUGACUUUGGUCUGGCUCGUGACAUCACUAGAGAUUCCAGCUAUGUCCUGAGAGGAAAUGCAUGUCUCCCAGUGAAGUGGAUGUCCCCAGAGAGUCUGUUUUCUUGCGUGUACACAUUUGAGAGUGAUAUCUGGUCCUACGGCAUCUUACUGUGGGAGAUCUUCUCUCUUGGUAACACACCAUAUCCUGGAGUUCCAGUUGGAUCCACAUUCUAUAAGAUGAUACAAGAUGGAUAUAGAAUGAGCGAGCCUGAGUUUGCCCCAAGUGAAAUUUAUGAGGUAAUGAGAUGGUGUUGGAGUGCUGACCCCCUGAAGAGACCAACCUUCAAGAAACUGGUGGAAAGGACUGAACUGCUGCUGUCAGAAACCACCAAACAUGAUUACCUGAAUCUCAGCACUAGCAGCUGUGAAGCAUUUGUUUCUCCAGGCCUGCAGAGGGCGCAAAGGCUGAGUUCAGUGGGCAGCUCAACAGCCUCGACUCAACCACUGCUGCAAGCCACCAAUGAAGUUUUCCUGGAACAUCAGACUGUAUAAAAUGUCACAAAGUCACAAAGUUUUUUGUUUUACCUGAAAACCAGUUUACUCAUAGGUUUGACUUAAAGCCAAUGGCCUUAUCCUCCAUUUAAGUUCUGACUCCUUUAAAGACUCCAUGAAAUCGUUUGACGAGCGCAGCUUUUUUUUCCUUUGUUAACGUGCUUCCUGUUAAAACAUUUUGAAUGGCUCGUUGCUUUUUUAAUAGCCAAUAGGCUUUAAAUACAUCACAGCAAUGAUUCAUAAUGUGCUACUUGCUAACUAGUCGCAGGUGAUAUAAGGGGGAGGGACAUUCUUAUUCUAGAGAGCAUUUGAUUGGAUAAAACGGUGUAGUUCAAGACGAGUCAUUAUUAUAUUUAAUCCAUUCUCCUAGACGAAAAAGACUUUACAUUUUAAAUGCAUACAUCAUUUAUAUCAACUUUUGAAAAUGAAAGUUUAUUUGAUCAACUUUUAGGAGCUUCUGUUAGCUUCAAAGCUAAUAGACAGGGACUAACGGCCAUAAAACUCCCAUUUUGAUUUCAUGGGGUCUUUAAUCGUGGCUUAUAAAGUGCAAUCCCUAGGCUUCUCUGCUCUCUGUUUGGCUCAAUGCUACUCCAUUGGCCUUGUCUUCCAGUAUGUUUCAAAUUACUCAAGACUUGCUGCCCAGCAUGUCCAGCCAUGUAACUCCUUGUAGCUGCUAAUGCAUUUCUCUAAAUGGAGCUGGGCUCCAUUUUAUUGUAUUGAUCUACAUAGUAUUUUGGGUGCACGAGCACCACGGCACCAUCCUGAGCCAGGCAAGCAUGUAGACAUAGAAUCGAACAAUGUUACCUCAACAGACAUUUAGAUAAAUGACUAACUCUUCUGAUGACAUCAUAGUCACACACUGCACUAUGUAAUGACUUCAUGUUGUGCGCUCUUCAGUUUUCGUUCUUGACUGGGUGAACAACGGCAAAUACUUAAUUCGACUGAACAGUAUGAUAGAUCAGUGGUAACGACGUUGAACCCAAAGUGAGUCCUGUUUAAUGUUUCAUUUUCAUAAGCACUUAUGUAAUACCAAUGGACUGAGGUUCCUGUACAUUUCUCUACUAGUUUCAGCAUGUGUAAUUACUUUCUCACUGACUGUUAUAAUGCAUUAUUGAUUUGUAGUGUUACAUUGUAUCAUUGUCUACUGGAUUUCCACCUCUUCUGCAAGCUCUUAUAUUUGUCAGACUUAUAAAAGAAAAAGACACAUAGGAGAUGUUUGCAUGCUCGUUUUGGCGAUUUUUUUAAAGUUUGGAAUUGAAUAUUUUAUUUACAUUUGAGCUUUUGAAUAUUAUAUGUAUGGCAUAAAUAAAAGGUUGUUUGGAUUGCACAUUAACAUUUGUUGUAAUAAAAGACAAUGAGUUCCAUUCUUUGAACAUGGCUAACCUGGCUAGCUGAAGUUUCAGGACAACUCUGUAUAAACCAAGAUUUCAGUUCUUCAAAGUGAGCUUAAAGCAAGCAUAACAGAGCAACAUAUCAAACCUCUAUGUUUGUAGAACAGGACUCUGGUCUCAAAAAAAGAAGUGAAAUGUUUUUUGAAUGUUGACUGUGACAAAUAACUUGAAAUGCUUUGAGAUUUUAGAUUUGACUAUGUAAAUAUCUGAUGUGUUAGCUAUUUUUUCAUCUUGUAGAGU